CGACUACGACGACUACGGCGGUGACUACGAUUACGGUGGCUACGACGACGAAAACCCCGCUCCGCAGUGGGAUGACGUUUACUAGGCGAGCCGGACGACCGAUACGCGGCUAAUUUUGGAGGGCUUUGCAACACUAUUUGUAAAAACUGUUUUUUUUUCCCAUCACAUACACACAAACACACUUCUACACACACACACACACACACACACCUACACUCACCUCCUCACACACACAUAUACACACAAACACCCGCACCCACGCAUACACACACACAUACACAUUUAUAUUAUAUUAUACCCAUCCGUCGCCGUCGCCGUUUGUUGUAAUAUACUUCGCGUGUCUCCUGCUUUGUCGUCUACAGUUCGUCCGUAUCGUGUGGUGUCGGUGUCACUCACUUUCGAUUCCGUGUAAUACAACACAGAUCGAUUAUCGAGUUCUCUGUCUCGUAUACGACUCGCCAACUGAAUUAUUCAAAAAUUCUUCUCGUCGUUUUUUUUGUUUGAUUUCAAUUUCUCCUUUCUCGAACGUAAUAUUUUUACAACACUCCUCCGGCACCAUAUCACACAGUCGGACCGACAGCAAAUGGAAAGCACCGAACCCGAUCGACGAUCCGGCUCGGCAGUGGCGGCUUCUCGUCACCACUGACACGCGCAUCGCAGAUUAUUAAGUGUACAAACCCUGCUCAAACUGUCUUGUUUAAGGGAUGUAUCCAAAAUAGAGAGCCACAGGUGCCGUUUUCCGGAUGGACGAGAGAGGGUUAACGUGCUUGAGCCCUCUCCAGCAGUCCGGAGGGGGCAGGCCGACGAGGGUAUAAGAGGUGCACUCGACCAUGUCCAUUGCUGACACCGAUUCUUCAUUCUCCAGUGAAGAAAAAAGCCUAUUCCGUCCGUUCACCCGCGAUUCACUGAGGGCCAUCGAACAGCGCAUAGCUGAAGACCAUGCUAAACAGAAAGAACUUGAGGAAAAAAGAGCUGAAGGGGAGCCCUUGCCAUGGAAGAGAAAUAAAAAUAAAGACGUUCGGUAUGAGGACGAGGACGAAGAUGAAGGUCCCCAGCCGGACGCGACUCUGGAACAAGGAGCUCCGCUGCCGGUCCGUCUGGUCGGCACGUUUCCGCCGGAAUUAGCGUCCGUUCCGCUCGAGGAUAUCGACCCUUACUAUCACAAUCAAAAAACUUUUGUAGUAAUUAGCAAAGGAAAAGAUAUCUUCAGGUUCAGCGCCACCGACGGCCUCUGGGCACUCGACCCCUUCAACCCUAUCCGCCGGGUGGCUAUUUACAUAUUAGUCCACCCGAUAUUUUCUGUAACAAUCAUCACUACUAUACUUACAAACUGUGUGUUCAUGAUAAUGCCCCCAACUCCGACUAUUGAAGCGUCUGAAGUAAUAUUUACCGGCAUCUACACAUUCGAAUCGGCUGUGAAAGUAAUGGCCCGAGGUUUCAUAUUAGAACACUUCACCUAUCUUAGAGAUGCAUGGAAUUGGCUAGACUUCAUUGUUAUUGCAUUAGCUUACGUUACUAUGGGUAUAGAACUUGGAAAUUUAGCGGUUCUUCGAACAUUUCGAGUACUGCGAGCGCUCAAAACUGUAGCCAUUGUGCCUGGAUUAAAGACUAUCGUUGGAGCUGUGAUAGAAUCCGUGAAAAACCUCAGGGAUGUCAUAAUAUUAACAAUAUUUUCACUAUCUGUGUUCGCAUUACUGGGAUUACAAAUUUAUAUGGGUGUGCUAACACAAAAAUGUAUAAAAUAUUUUCCCCUUGACGGUUCAGCCGGAAAUUUAACCAAUGAAAAUUGGGUUGCGUUCAUGUCGAAUAAAUCAAAUUGGCAGCCCGGUGAUGAGGAACCAGAAGAUUAUCCAUUAUGCGGAAACGGUACAGGCGCUGGUCAAUGCAAAGAAGGUUAUAUGUGUAUCCAGGGUUUUGGAAAAAAUCCUAAUUAUGGGUAUACAAGUUUUGAUACAUUUGCAUGGGCUUUACUAUCGGCAUUUAGAUUAAUGACUCAAGACAACUGGGAAGCAUUAUACCAACAGGUGUUAAGAGCCGCUGGACCAUGGCAUAUGUUCUUCUUCAUUGUGAUUAUAUUCCUCGGUUCGUUUUAUCUUGUCAAUUUGAUAUUAGCUAUCGUAGCGAUGUCAUACGACGAGUUGCAGAAGAAAGCAGAGGAAGAAGAGGCAGCCGAAGAAGAAGCGAUCAGAGAAGCUGAACAAGCGGCUAAAGACAGGGAGGUCCGGAGGCAAGCUCACGAGGAAAGAGUGGCGGAGCGUGCGGAGAGAGCGCGGCACGUCACCCAACAUCCGAAAUCGCCUUCGGACUUUUCGUGCCAAAGCUAUGACAAUAUGUUCGCCAGUGGCCAAGACCGGGGGAUGGGUAACGAUCAUCAUCGAGAGAAAAUGAGCCUGCGAUCGGUGUCGAUCACUAGCCACGACAAACACUCGGACACCGGGAGUGUGGAUAGGCAGAGCGGCAAAACAAGAAAAGCCAGUCUCAGCCUACCAGGAUCGCCAUUCAACAUCCGACGAGCAUCACGUGGUAGCCACCAACUGUCCCACCGAAACGGUAGACCUAGGUUCACCGGAGCGGAUACCAAGCCGUUGGUCUUAAACACGUUACUUGACGCGGAGGAACACUUACCGUACGCCGACGACUCGAACGCUGUGACGCCAAUGAGCGAGGAAAAUGGCGCCAUCAUCGUGCCCGUGUCAUACGCGAACUUCGGUUCGAGGCACAGCAGUUAUACGUCUCACACGUCCCGAAUUACGUACACAUCGCACGCGGAUCUGUUCAAACCACCUAUGACCAAGGAGAGGCAGCUGAGGUCGAGGUCGGCCAGAAACUAUUUCAACCCAUCCGAUCAGAGAUACAACCGAGACGACGAUUACGAUUCGAGUUCCAUGUCCAAAUCGAAACAACAAGUGGACGAGUGCGGGUACAACGAUUCGCAAAAGCACACAGUUGUCGACAUGAGAGACGUGAUGGUGUUGAACGAUAUCAUUGAACAGGCAGCUGGACGUCAGAGUAGAGGUAGCGAAAAAGCAGUGUCCACGGUGUACGUGUUUCCAACAGAUGAGGAUGCGGUAGAUGGCGAGGAUGAAGGAGAAGAAGACGAGGAACCGACUUUUCGGGAAAAGUUCCAAGUAUGGUUGUUGAAGUUCAUUGAUACAUUUUGUGUGUGGGACUGUGGAUGGCCGUGGCUCAAAUUUCAGCAAGGACUCGCUUUCAUAGUAUUCGAUCCGUUCGUCGAACUCUACAUCACGUUAUGCAUUGUAGUCAACACAUUAUUUAUGGCCCUCGAUCAUCACGAAAUGGAUCCCAAAUUGGAUUUCAUCCUCAACAAGGCCAACGUUUUUUUCAGUGCGACAUUCGGAGUCGAAGCCGCUCUGAAACUGAUGGCGAUGAGCCCUAAAUAUUACUUCCAAAUGGGCUGGAACAUCUUUGACUUCAUCAUCGUAAUUCUUUCUGUAGUAGAAUUGCUCUCAGCGGGUUACCAAGGACUGUCCGUAUUACGUUCGUUUCGUUUGCUUCGAGUAUUUAAGUUGGCAAAAUCUUGGCCCACACUGAAUCUUUUAAUAUCCAUAAAAGGUCGAACCAUCGGUGCUUUGGGUAACCUAACGUUUGUCUUGUGCAUAAUAAUAUUUAUAUUUGCCGUCAUGGGUAUGCAGUUAUUUGGAAAAAACUACACAGAAAAAAUGUACAUGUUCAAAGACCACGAGCUUCCCCGGUGGAACUUCACCGAUUUUUUGCACUCGUUUAUGAUAGUAUUUCGUGUAUUAUGUGGCGAAUGGAUAGAAUCAAUGUGGGACUGUUUACACGUCGGAGAACCAACGUGUAUACCAUUCUUCUUGGCUACUGUUGUCAUUGGUAACUUCGUGGUACUCAAUCUUUUCUUGGCGUUGUUGCUGAGUAAUUUUGGCUCGUCGAAUUUAUCGGUGCCUACGGCUGACAGCGAUACGAACAAGAUCACAGAAGCAUUCGAACGUAUUGGCCGAUUCAAUAAAUGGGUGAAAACGCGUAUAAUGGACUUCCUCAAAGCAAUCCGAGCGAAACUCACCAAUCAGAUAUCGGUCCAAGCGUCAGGUCGUGACAGAGAUAUUGACUUGCCUGUUGACGAAACGAUUGUAGACGUUAUAGCGCCAUUUAAAGACACUAAAGAACCAGUGGAGAUGACAAUUGGUGACGGGAUGGAAUUCACAAUACCAGGUGAUGUAAAACAAAAAACAAAAAAGAAUCAAGUUGGGAAUUCGAUCGGAAAUCAUCAAGGAAACAAAGUUGGAAACGAUUACAAAAAGGAAAGUUUCGACCUGGAUAGUUUAAAAUGCUAGCAUAUAAUUAACUCGGCUGUUAGAACCGCUUCAGCCGGCUACACACCACGCUGUUUAGGAAAACAGCUCACUUUCUCUCUUUUUUUCUUAUGAAAAUAAUGAACAAAUAAAAGAGAAGCGAAACAAAGCACUGAGAAUUUAAAUUACUACAUUUGUUCUGUAAGAAAUGCCAUAAAUGAAUUACACGUGCACUGUUAUUGGAUAAAAAAUAACGAUGUUUUUCUCCACGACUUCUAGGGAUCGAAUUAUUACAUUUUUCCGUGUAAAUUUCAGUGGGUAUUUCUUUUCUUUUCAUCCAACGUGAAUAAUUGAUAUGUCUGUAAGCGUUUACUAAAUUGAAAACACAAUCAAAAAAAUUAUUCGGUAAUUCAACGUUUCGAUCCCUACCGUGCCAGAUGUGAUUUUUUUACGCAUGUUUGAAUAUUUCCAUUGCACAUGCACUUACAAAAGCCUGUGGUGUUGUUUUAGGUAGGUCUGUGAAAAUGACACUGAAGAGCUUAAGUUAUACUCGCUAAAGUAUAUUCACACUUAACUUAUUGUAUACAUUAUACUGAACGUCAUUUUGGUAACCUAAACGAUAAAAACAACUUAUUUAGUAAUUAAGCUCGACACGCUUUUCAAUAUUGUAACACUAUACAGUUUGACCGGUAAAACAGUUUUUUCUAAUAGACUGUAAAAUAUAAUACAAUCAAAAAUAAUUAUCAGAACACAUAAAAAACAAUUCAGCAAACCAGGCUUUAUUUGACAGUCCUUUAAAAAUAAAGUUAAUUACCUACAUUUACAUAUAUUUAAUAAUAAUAAAUACGCAGUUUAAAAUAAAAUGAUCUGUGAUAUUUCUAUAUACGUCGUAUCUGUGAUUGAAUUUUUAUUUUAUUUUCGCCCGUUUUUGUUUUGUUUGUAUUUUGUUUUUUGUCUACGGACGAACACUUUUUCAAGAGAAAGUAAAAUAAUGUACAUAACAAACGAAUUUAUUUGUAAAAAUGUUUAAUAAUAAUAAUAAAAAUAAUUAAACGUAUAUUGAUGAUUUAUAAUAAAAUAAUCUACUUUGUAGACACUAUUCAUUUUCGUUUUGGCUUGACCUUGUAUUGCUUUUAUUCAGUCCUAUAUAUAUAAAUAUAUAAUAUAUAUAUAAUAUAUAAAUUUAUUUAUUUAUAUAUAUAUAUAUAUAUACAUACGUGUUUAAAAUAUGGGAUUUAACAUUGAACAAGCGAUAACACCAAAAUGAAAAGAAAGAAAUAACAUCAAGCGCUUUAGAUAAAUUUAAUUUAUUAAUAAUGAAUGAAUUUUAACAUAGCUUUUAGUUAAAUUUGUUAUAAUCUGUUAAGUUUUUAGUUCAAGAUUAAAUGUGUUAGGUAGAUUAGAGUUACCAAAAUGACGUCGCUUUCGCUUUAAAAGCAUUCAAUAACUAUCAGUUUUUGGAGAGAAAAUAAUAUUUAAAGAAAACGAAGCGUAAAUACUUAAUAUGACCUUUUUUCUUAAAGAACAAAAAAAAACGCUUGACUCAAUCACUCGAAAAACGCACAAAUUUUGUAACGAUGCAUUUUUAUUGGAAAACAACCAAUUAAACUCGUCCUAAACGCACUGUUAUUUUUAGAUUCAAAAUUUGUACUACUGAAAAAAAAUAUUGAAAAAUCGUUUUGUUACACUUUU